ACAAGACAAGACAGCAUGUCCGCUCCAGCAUCGUCCCCGAAGAAGGCCAAGAAGCCCGCGGCGCCCAAGGCCCCUGCGGCUCACCCGCCCACCACCGUCAUGGUUACGACGGCCGUGGAAGCGCUCAAGGACCGCACCGGUUCUUCCCUGACGGCUAUCAAGAAGUACAUCGCUGGCAACUACAAGUUCGACGUGGAGAAGAAAGCGCACUUCAUAAAGCGCGCCCUGAAAAGCCUGGUGGAGAAGGGUACCCUCCUACAGGUUAAAGGGACCGGGGCGUCGGGGUCCUUCAAGAUCAAAGAACUAUCUCAAUCACAUAUCCACACAUGGAAUAAAGCACAGAUCUACACUAGUAUCCGAUAG